UUCCAGAGAAGCCGCUGCCCUCGCCGCCGCCGCCCGACUUCACCAGCGGAACCGAAAGCCGCGCCUGCAGCUCAGCCACUGUCCGGGGGAAGGGGUUUCGGGCUCCAGUCCCACGGCGCUCUGUCCGACGCUCCGUCAGCCCCGGUCCGCCCCGGUCAGCCCGCCCGCCCGCCCUCGGCUCGCCUCGCUUCGAAUUGCAGACGGUCCGACUGGGGGUGGCAGGCGCACCUUUCGAAGGCGGAUGACAUGUUGUUGGGAAGGUAAUGAGCCAAAGACCCCUGAGCACUCGGUUGAACAAGCGGCAGCGCUGGAAUGACUGGGACACAAGGAUUGACAUUGCGACAGCCGAUCAAGACAAUUUAAAGUAUCCUUUGGCCAGGGAUCGGGGCAAUUCUGCCUCAUACGGAUUGCAUUCUACCAGUUCUGCCAGUGUGCCUCGACAUAGACACGAUGACAUUCGAAUCCUUGCUGGAUUUCAAAAUGAAGAAGGGGGCAGAUACGAUGUCAAUGGAGGACUUGGUGAAAAUGCUUAUGGUCGGAAGUCGCUGGGGCAAGAGCUGAGGGUUAACAAUGUGACCACUGAUGUAAGCAGCAUUCAGCAUGGGAGUCGUGCUUUAGCCACAAAGGAGAUGAGGAAAUCACAGGAGCGAUCUUUAUCUUAUUCUGAUGAGUCUCGACUGUCCAAUCUUCUGCGGAGGAUUUCCCGUGAAGAUGACAGAGAGCGUCGGCUGGCUACAAUAAAGCAAUUGAGAGAGUUUAUUCAGCAGCCAGAAAACAAAGUGGUUCUAAUUAAGCAAUUAGAUAAUGCCCUGACUGCAAUACAGGAUGUGCUCAAUGAGAGUAGUAAGCUACUUCAUGAACUACGACAAGAAGGAGCUUGUUGCCUUGGCUUGCUGUGUGUAUCUUUAAGUUAUGAGGCUGAGAAGAUCUUUAAGUGGAUUUUUAGCAAGUUUAGCUCUUCCACCAAAGAUGAGGUAAAACUUCUAUACUUGUGUGCGACCUACAAAGCACUGGAAACUGCAGGAGAAAAGAAGGCAUUUUCAUCUGUAAUGCAGCUGGUGAUGAUCAGCCUACAGACUGUUUUGGAAAAUGUGGAUACACCAGAGCUACUGUGCCAGUGUGUAAAAUGUAUUUUAUUGGUGGCUCGUUGUUAUCCCCAUAUAUUUAGUACCAACUUUAGGGACACUGUAGAUAUACUUGUUGGCUGGCAUAUAGAUCACACCCAGAAGCAAUCCCUUACACAGCAGGUGUCAGGUUGGCUGCAGUGCUUGGAACAAUUCUGGGUUGCUGAUCUUGGAUUUUCUACUACCCUUCUUGGACAGUUUUUGGAAGAUAUGGAGGCUUAUGCUGAGGAUCUCAGUCAUGUGGCUUCUGGUGAAUCUGUUGAUGAGGAUAUUCCACCACCUUCAGUCUCAUUACCAAAAUUAGCAGCGCUACUAAGAGUGUUCAGCACUGUAGUAAGAAGUAUUGGAGAACGUUUCAGCCCAAUUAGAGGACCUCCAAUUACUGAGGCUUAUGUGACAGAUAUCCUGCUCAGAGUUGUGAAUUGUGUUACCACAGCAAAACAAGUUUUCUUUUCUGAGGCAGUUUUGACGGCUGCAAAUGAGUGUGUCUGUGUUCUGUUGGGAAGCAUGGACUCUGACAUAGCCAAACAUUGUGAAAUUACCAUUAAUUAUGGGUUGGAUCAGCUGGAUGGUUGUCAAAUGUUUGGUGCUGAAUACAUCAUCUCGGUCUUAAACCUGUUGACCCUGAUCGUGGAACAAAUAAAUACAAAAUUGCCAGCAUCAUUUGUCGAAAAAUUGUUUUCACCAGAUUCCAAGUUACUUCAACUACGUUUUCAUAGGGAAAAAGAGGUUGUAUCAGCAGCACAGUUUGUUUAUCAAGCUGUGUUAAGUCUGAAGAAUAUUCCUGUAUUAGAAACUGCCUACAAACUGAUUUUGGGGGAAAUGACUUGUGCACUGAACAGCCUCCUUCAAGACCUAGCACUUCCUCCGGUCUGUUCAGAAAUACACCAUGAAGCUUUCAAGGAUAUUACAUUCAAAGAAGAGAGUGCAGAGUUUAUAGUACUAUUUGACUUAAGUGCCCUUACUACAAUUGGAAAUGCAAAAAAUUCCUUGAUUGGUAUGUGGGCUCUUUCCCCCACUAUGUUUGCCCUUCUCAGCGAUAAUCUUACAGUUGUACAUGCCAACCUUGCUGUUCAUUAUCCCGCCAUCCAGUAUGGAGUCCUGUACACUUUAUAUUCCCAUUGUACAAGGCAUGACCAUUUCAUAUCUAGCAGUCUUAGUUCAUCAUCGCCCUCUCUGUUUGAUGGUGCUGUUAUCAGUACUGUCACCAUGGCAACAAAAAAACACUUUGCUAUCAUACUGAAUCUUCUAGGAACGUUGCUCAGUAAAGAUAUUUUGAAUAGUGAUGCAAGGAAAUUAUUACUAACAUGGGCAUUAGAAGUAACAAUUUUAAUGAAGAAGUCGGAAACUUACGCUCCCUUAUUUGCACUCUCAUCUUUUCACAAGUUUUGUAAAGGAUUGUUAUCAAAUGCUGUUCACGAAGAUGCUUCUAUAUGCUUACAAGCAUGCAGCAGCCUACAAAUUGUUUCUACUUCCUUGCCAAAUGAUCUUUUGCAAAGAUGUGUUGAUGUUUGCCGUGUGCAGUUAGUCCAUUGUGGAGUUCGUGUACGGCAGGCUUUUGGAAAACUUCUGAAGACUAUUCCUCUGGAUGUUGCUUUAAGUAACAGCAAUCACACAGAGGUGCAAGGGAUCUCAUUGGCUAUAAGUAGCCAUAUGAGCAAAGCUCCAAGUAACACAUUUCACCCUCAAGAUUUCUCUGAUCUAAUUAGUUUCAUUUUGUAUGGAAGUUGCCACAGAAUUGGCAAAGAUCAUUGGCUGGAGAGAUUGUAUCAUAGCUGUCAGAGAUUAGACAAAUGUGACCAGUUGACCAUACCGCGAAACCUGUUGAAAACUGAGGCUGUGUUAUGGCAGUGGGCUGUAUGGGAAGCAGCACAAUUUACAGUGCUUUCAAAACUACGGACACCAUUGGGCAGAGCACAGGAUACAUUCCAGACAAUUGAAGGUAUUAUUAGGAGUCUUGCUGCACAUACUCUAAACCCUGAUCAAGACAUCAGUCAGUGGACGACAGCUGACAAUGAUGAUGGGCACACUAGCAACCAAUUAAGACUUGUUCUUCUUCUUCAAUUUUUGGAAAAUCUUGAAAAGUUGAUGUACAAUGCCUAUGAAGGAUGUGCUAAUGCACUUAUGGCACCACCAAAGGUUAUUAGGACUUUUUUCUACACAAAUCGCCAGACCUGUCAAGACUGGUUAACUCGAAUUCGAGUUGCUAUAAUGAGGGUUGGCUUACUGGCUGGGCAGCCAGCAGUGACUGUCAGGCAUGGGUUUGAUUUGCUGACAGAGAUGAAGAACAGUAAUACAACUCAGGGAAAUGAAAUUGAGGUGACUGUCAUGAUGAUCGUUGAAGCACUGUGUGAACUGAAUUGUCCUGAAGCUAUACAGGGGAUGGCUGUCUGGUCUUCUGCAAUCCUGGCAAAGAAUCUUCUGUGGAUAAACUCUGUGGCACAGCAGGCUGAAGGAAGAUUUGAAAAGGCAGCAAGUGAAUAUCAGGAACAGCUGUGUGCCAUGACUGGGGUAGACUGCUCCAUUAAAGGCCUUGACAAAUCCCUUCUCAAAGUAUCUAACAGCAGUAGUGGUGGUAAUUUUGCCAGCCCUAAGCAUGGAGGGAAUGCUGAAAGCAAGAAGACUGUUCUUACAAAGCAAAGUGAUACUUCUCCUGAAGUUGUGAAUUAUUUGGCAAACAAAGCUUGUGAGUGUUACAUUUCAUUAGCUGACUGGCCAGCUGUGGAGGAAUGGCAAAAUAGUAUAUUAGCUUUGAAGAAGGGUACGAAUGGAUCAUCCAUCCACCUGAAGGCUGAUUUGAACUACAUCAGAGCACUCGGUAGUUUUGAAUGUGGCGAUUUUUCUGCAUGUCAAGAACAGCUGGAAUUAUUACCUGGAGAAGAUAUCAAUUUUAUAAAUGGAGCUGCUAAAGAAAAGUUAGACAUGAAGAAGCUGCUUCCAAAUGUGAUGAGUCCUGACCCGAGGGAACUUCAAAAAGCCAUUGAGGUUCAACUCCUGAGAAGUGCAGUGUGCUUUUCUUCAACUAUUGAACAAACAGAACAGGAAAAAAAGCUCCAGAAUAGCACCGAGUAUACAGUCAAGUAUCUGAAACAGAUGGCUCGGAUUGCUGUGGGGCCAUUGAGACUAUCCACUUUAUCGAUGGCAGGAUCUCUGCCAAUGAUGAGCACGCUACAGCUGUACUGUUCCACUGCACUUGAGAAUACUGUGACAAACAAGCUGUCCACUGAGGACUGUCUUUUGCCACUCUAUAGUGAAGCUCUGCAAUCGUGCAAACAACAUGAUGUUCGCCCAUGGCUUCAGGCUUUAAGAUACACUGUGUACCAAGCUCGAAUAGCUGAAAAGAUGAAAGGUUCCAGUACUUCAGUUAAUGGGCAUCUCAUGGAACUCGGGCUCACAGCAGUUAAAUUUGCUCGUAAACAAGGGAAUGUCCUUUUGGCCACCAGACUUCUUGAGCAGUGCAGUAAGACUUCGUUGAGCGAGGCUAACACAAUGCGAGAUUUAGUCCAUCUGUUCAAACAGAUGUCAUUGCAUGGCACUAUUAACGAAAAGUGGGGACCAGAACUUGAUAUUGAGAAAUCAAAGCUGUUGUACACUGCAGGUCAUUCUACAUAUGCCAUGGAAAUGUUGAGUUCUUGUGCCAUAGCAUAUUGCAAAUCUGCCAAAGCAGAAUCUGCAGUUGCCAAGUCGAUACUCACAUUGACCAAGUGGAUUCAGGCAGAAUGGAAAGAGAUGUCUAUUCAGCUGAAACAAGUCUUCAGAGCUCAGCAGCAAAAAUCUAUUUCUGGCCUGCCAACCCUGGCAAAAAACAUACAUACUUUGGCUGAGCUGACCCCUCCUGGUUUAAUAGAGGAAGCAGCUUGUCCCAAAAUGGUGGUUGAAUCAACAGUGAAUAUUGGGGUUGGAGAACCGGACUUCAUUUUAGGGCAGCUGUAUCACCUUUCAGCAGUUCAAGCACCUGAAAUAGCCAAAUCCUGGGCAGCAUUGGCUAGCUGGGCGUACAGAUGGGGCAGGAAGGUGGUUGAUAAUGCUAGUCAGGGUGAAGGUGUCCCACUUCUGGCCAGAGAAAAGACAGAAGUUCAAAAUCUACUUCCAGAAAACACAUCUGAAGAAGACAGAGAAACAAUUUAUGGAAUUUUGGGGCAAGCCUUGUGUCGACCAACAGGAAUUCAGGAUGAAGACUUGGCCCUGCAGAUAAAUGAUGAUGAAGAGGAUGACAUGGUGGAGGUUAUUUGGAGGCAGUUAAUAACUAACUGCCCGUGGCUUGGUGACCAGGAUGAGACUGUGGUUGAAGGACUAAUUGAAGUGUGGCGAAAAGUUGUGGACAGGAUAUUUAACCUUUAUAAACUUUCUUGCAAAGCAUACUUCACUUUUCUCAAACUGAAUGCUGGUCAGGUUCAUGUGGAUGGUGAAGAUCUGAAGGCGAUUCUUAAUCAUACGCCCACCAAGCAAAGCAACGACGAUGUAAUUGUUAUGGCUACUUUAAGGCUGCUGAGAUUACUAGUGAAGCAUGCUGGUGAACUAAGGGAGGGCUUGGAGCAUGGACUAGCCACCACUCCCACAGCUCCCUGGAGAGGCAUUAUUCCACAGCUAUUCUCACGUUUGAAUCACCCUGAAGUAUAUGUACGUCAGAGCAUCUGUAAUCUACUGUGUCGUGUGGCUCAAGAUUCUCCUCAUCUUAUUCUGUAUCCUGCAAUUGUUGGCUCAAUAUCACUAAGUGGUGAAUCCCAGUCCUCUGGAGCCAAAUUGUCUUCUGCAAUUCCUACUCUGCUGAGCAAUAUCCAGGCUGAAGCUCUGUCUGGAGGUGAAUGCGAAGAAAAUAGUCCACCUGGGUCACAGGAUAGCAUUAAAGAUGAACAGAAAUGUUGUUUUAAUGAGGAUCAAGCUAUGAUGCAGGACUGCUAUAGUACAAUAGUGGACAAAUUGUCAUCAGCAAAUCCUACCAUGGUUUUACAGGUACAGAUGUUAGUUGGGGAAUUGCGAAGAAUUACUGUACUGUGGGAUGAGCUUUGGCUUGGAGUUCUUCAACAACAACAUAUGCAUGUACUCAGACGCAUUCAGCAAUUGGAGGAUGAGGUGAAGAGGGUUCAAAACAAUAACACGCUUCGCAAGGAUGAGAAGAUGGCCAUUAUGAGGGAGAAGCACACAGCUUUGAUGAAGCCAGUGGUAUUUGCCUUGGAGCAUGUAUGCAGCAUUACUUCAGCUCCAGCAGAAACUCCUCAUGAGAAAUGGUUUCAAGACACCUAUGGAGAACCAAUUAAUAAUGCUUUGGAAAAACUGAAGACCCCAUCCAAUCCUGCUAAUCCUGGCAGCAGUUGGUUGCCAUUUAAACAGAUAAUGCUGAAUUUACAACAGCGAGCUCAGAAACGUACCAGCUACCUGUUGCAUCUAGAAGAAAUCAGUCCACGAAUGGCUGCAAUGUCUAACACAGAAAUCGCCCUGCCUGGUGAAAUCUCAGCAAGGGAUGCAGUCACAAUUCAGAGUGUUGGCAAUAGCAUUACCAUUCUACCCACCAAAACAAAACCAAAGAAACUAAUGUUCCUGGGCUCUGAUGGGAAAAAUUACCCAUAUCUAUUUAAAGGACUGGAAGACUUGCAUCUGGAUGAACGAAUAAUGCAGUUUUUGUCAAUUGUAAAUACCAUGUUCAUAAAAAUUAACCACCAGGAGACUCCGCGUUUCCAUGCCAGACAUUAUUCUGUAACGCCAUUGGGUACAAGGUCAGGACUUAUUCAGUGGGUGGAUGGUGCCACUCCUCUUUUUGGACUUUACAAGCGUUGGCAACAAAGAGAAGCUACUUUACAGGCACAGAAGGUAGAGAAUCAAGAUUCUUACCAGACUACUCAAAAUCCUGCUUUGGUCCCCCGACCCAGUGAGCUGUAUUACAGUAAAAUUGGGCCAGCUUUAAAAUCAGUAGGUCUUAAUCUUGAUGUCUCACGACGUGAUUGGCCUUUGAGUGUAAUGAGUUCUGUCUUGGAAGAACUAAUGGAGUCCACACCACCAAAUCUUCUUGCUAAAGAGCUAUGGUGUUCAUGUACUACUCCAGAUGAGUGGUGGUGUGUUACACAGUCAUAUGCAAGAUCAACUGCGGUUAUGUCCAUGGUGGGCUACAUAAUUGGGCUUGGUGAUAGGCACUUGGAUAAUGUUCUCAUAGACAUGACAACUGGAGAAGUGGUGCACAUCGACUACAAUGUUUGUUUUGAGAAAGGGAAAAGCCUACGAGUUCCUGAGAAGGUUCCAUUCAGAAUGACUCAGAACAUUGAGACUGCACUUGGUGUGACUGGAGUUGAAGGAUUGUUCAGACUUUCUUGUGAACAGGUAGUCCAAAUAAUGCGACGUGGCCGAGAGACCCUCUUAACCUUAUUGGAAGCUUUUGUGUAUGAUCCAUUGGUGGAUUGGACUGCAGGUGGUGAAAUUGGAUUUGCUGGUGCUGUGUAUGGUGGAGGGGGACAGCAAGCUGAAAGUAAACAGAGCAAGAGGGAGAUGGAACGUGACAUUACCCGGAGCCUCUUCUCUUCCAGAGUUGCUGAAAUCAAGGUGACCUGGUUUAAGAACAGGGAUGAUAUGCUGGCAGUUAUUCCUAAACUUGAUACAAGCCUGGAGGAUUAUCUGAAUCUCCAGGAGCAUUUGACAAAAGUAGAGAAACUCCAGGGUAAAUUGCUACAGGAAAUAGAAUUUCUGGAAGGAGCUGAAAAUAUUUCUGACCAUCCAGCUCUUACAUUGGAACAAAGAUAUUCAGAACAUACCCAGCUUCAGUCUCAGCAGCUGGCUGUACAGGAUGCUAUUCAGGUGAAAUUGAAUGACUUUGAACAGUGGAUUACACAAUAUCAGGCUGCGUUUUCAAGUUUAGAAGCUACACAGCUUGCAAGUCUACUUCAGGAUAUCAGUACACCACUGGACUUGGGGGCUCCAAGCUAUGUUCCAGCUACAACUUUCCUCCAGAAUGCAGGUCAGGCACACCUAAUCAGCCAAUGUGAACAGCUGGAAGGAGAGGUUGGAGCUUUGCUACAGCAACGUCGUACUAUCUUGCGUGGCUGUCUAGAGCAGCUUCAUAGCUAUGCUGCUGUAGCUCUGCAGUACCCAAAGGCUGUUUUCCAGAAACAUAGGAUGGAACAGUGGAAAACAUGGAUGGAAGAACUGAUAUGUGACAUGACAGUGGAACACUGCCAGGAACUGUAUAGAAAGUAUGAGAUUCAAUAUGCUCCCCAGCAGCCCACAACAAUCUGUCAAUUCAUAACAGCGACUGAGAUGACUCUUCAACGUUUUGCAGCAGAUGUUAACAGUCGGUUAAUCAGACAGGUUGAGAGACUGAAGCAGGAAUCAGUAACGGUCCCUGUUUGUGAAGAGCAGCUGAAGGAAAUUGAGCGCUGCAUAAAAGUUUUUCUCCAUGAAAAUGGUGAUGAAGGAUCCUUAAGCCUGGCUAGUGUUAUAAUCUCUGCCCUUUGCACGUUAACAAGGCGGAACCUUAUGAUGGAGGGAGCUGCAUCAAGUGCUGGGGAGCAGCUGGUUGACUUGACGUCCAGAGAUGGUGCUUGGUUUUUGGAGGAGCUCUGUAGUAUGAGUGGCAAUGUCACCUGUCUUGUCCAACUCCUUGAACAGUGUCAGCUGGUUCCACAGGAUCUUGACAUCCCAAACCCUAUUGAAGCAUCAGAAGCAGUUCAUUUGGCUAAUGGAGUGUACACUUCCCUCCAGGAGCUAAACACCAACUUCAGACAGAUCAUCUUUCCAGAAGCGCUUCGGUGUAUGAUGAAAGGAGAAAAUACUUUGCAGAAUAUGCUUAAUGAGUUGGAUAGUAUUAUUGAACAGACAGCUGAUGGGGUUUCUUUGCAAAUGCUCAUAGAUUCUCUCCAGGCUUAUCUAAGAAAUGCUGCAAUGGGAAUGGAGGAAGAAACCAAUGUUCAUUAUAUUGAUUUCACCAGAAUGCUGCGAGCUCAGUACACUGAAUUAAUCCAGCCCAGAAGUGUGGAUGGUUCAGUAGAGGAGACACCCAAAAUGUCUGCUGGCCAGAUGUUACUUGUGGCUUUUGAUGGAAUGUUUGCCCAAGUUGAAAGUGCAUUUGGUUUAUUAAUUGAGAAGCUGAACAAGAUGGAAGUACCACUGGCAUGGCGAAAAAUUGACAUUAUUAGAGAGGCCCGUAGUACACAGGUCAACUUCUUUGAUGAUGAUAAUCACCGACUUGUGCUGGAGGAGAUCUUCUUUCUGAAACGACUCCAAACUAUAAAAGAAUUCUUCAGACUUUGUGGAACUUUUGCUCAUACGUUAUCAGGGGUUAUUCCACUGGAUGAUCCCAGUUCACUGAAUGGUCCUGUCCAAUUGGUUAAUGUAAAAUCCAUGUACAGAAGUUCUUGCUUCAGUGAAGAUCAGAUGGCUAAACCAAUAAAGGCAUUUACAGCAGACUUUGUGAGACAGCUUUUGAUUGGCCUCCCAACUCAAGCACUUGGAUUGACACUUUGCAGUUACAUCAGUGCUCUUGGUGUGGACAUUAUUGCACAGGUGGAAGCCAAAGACUUUGGUGCUGAAAGUAAGGUCUCUGUGGAUGACCUCUGUAAGAAAGCAGUGGAACACAAUAUUCAGGUUGGCAGAUUUUCACAAUUAGUUAUGAACAGAGCCACUGUACUGGCCAGCUCAUAUGAUACUGCUUGGAAAAAGCAUGAUCUGGUUCGCAGGUUGGAGACAAAUAUUGCAUCUUGUAAGACCAGCUUUCAGAGGGUACAGAUACAGAUUGCCAUGUUUCAGUGGCAGCAUGAAGAUAUUCUUAUAAAUAGAACUCAGCCUAUUUCUACAGUUACACCUCCACCUCGCACGGGCAUUCUUUCCAACAUGAAAAAGAAGUUGCAUGCACUUAGCCAGCUGGAGGUUUCUGUUUCCACAGUACAGGAGAAACUGGCAGCAUUGGAAGCUAGCAUUGAGCAACGUUUGAAAUGGGCGGGGGGCGCUAAUCCUGCUUUGGCACCUGUUCUCCAAGACUUUGAGGCAACCAUCUCUGAAAGAAGAAAUCUGGUAGUGAAGGAAAGUCAACGGGCAAACCAAGUGACUUUCCUCUGUAGCACAAUACUGCAUUUUGAAAGUUUACGAACACGGACACCUGAGGCCUUGAACUUAGAUGCUGCGUUGUUUGACCUAAUAAAACAGUGUCAACAAAUGUGUUCAUUUGCAUCACAAUUUAGCAGUUCAGUUUCUGAACUUGAACUCCGACUCCUUAAGCGUUUGGCUACCAGUCUUGAACAUCCAAUAGGAAGUUCUGAAUGGCUUUCUUCUGCUCACAAACAACUGACUCAAGAUAUGGCAACUCAGAGGGCAGCGCAGACUGAAAAAGAGCAACAGAUCGAAGCUGUCUGCGAAACAAUACAGACUCUGGUGGAUAAUAUUAAAACUGUGCUUACUGGUCAUAACAAACUAUUGGCAGAUGUUAAGCACCUCCUUAAAGCAAUGGCAAAGGAUGAAGAAGCAGCUCUGGGGGACAAUGAAGAUGUUCCUUAUGAAGACAGUGUGCGCCAGUUUUUAGCCGAAUACAAGUCUUGGCAGGAUAACAUCCAAACAGUGUUGUUCACAAUAGUGCAGGCCAUGGGACAGGUCCGAAGUCAGGAACAUGUUGAAAUGCUGCAGGAGAUUACACCAACUUUAAAGGAAAUGAAAUCACAAAGCCUGAAUGUCUACAAUGAUCUGGUCAGCUUUGCAUCCCCACUCGUUACAGAUAAAUCUAAUGAGUGUUCAAGUCCAACCUCUGUCUCUGCAUUUCAGCCCAGUUUUGCUGCAGCUGUUCGCAGUAGUACAACUCAAAAGACCCAACCAGAAGUUAUGUCACAGAAUGCACGAAAGAUGGCUCAGAGAAAUCUUGCCGCUUCAGCAAACACGCCACCUGGCACAACCAUAGGAUCGGGGAAGAACGUUGCUCCGAGUCCUAAGAAGGCGGCAAGAGAUCCCAAGACUGGGAAAGCUGUUCAGGAACGGAAUUCCUAUGCUGUUAGUGUGUGGAAAAGAGUGAAGGCCAAGCUGGAAGGCAGAGAUGUAGAUCCCAACAGGAGGAUGACUGUUGCUGAACAGGUUGAUUACGUGAUUAAAGAAGCUACUAAUCUAGAUAACUUGGCACAACUGUAUGAAGGUUGGACGGCGUGGGUAUGAGCUGGAAUACAGUGGAUCUCUCUGGUUCAAUGAGGUCAGGCAUCCACCAGAAUCAACUCGGCCACAGGCAUCUAUAGCCGCGCCAUGGCAGGUGUUGAUGCAUUCUGGGGCUUAAUCUGAGGCAAUCUAGGAAUCCCCGUGCAUUCAGAGUGAUUAGUCAGAAGGCUGCACUCAGGGAUAUGCUUAAUACAAUGGUCUGCACCCCAAAGUCAAGGGCCAUGGCGCCCAGUCUAAAUUACACGAUUGUCUUUCUGUCAUCCAAGAACUGCAGAAGCAUCGAGGGUGUAGGUGCUGAAACGAUUGCUUUCCUACUGAGUACAGAGUGAUUUGAAAACCUAAGUCCAUCUGUCCUGUGAACAUUUCAAGUCACAAAGUACUAAACCCUGCUGAGAGGUAACUUAGAACACUGGGGCCCCACAGAAAGAAAUCUACUUCUGCAAUCCCCAGACACGUGAUUCCAGUUGGAUAACGACUUCACUGGCUAACUUGCCCUUGAAGAUGGCCAUCCAGUAAGAAAACCAAGGCUAGGAGAAAUUAUGGACUCCGGAAACAGCCUAAAUAAAGAUUGGAUAUACUACAUGGAACUUGUGUGAGGAAGAUGACACCACCCUGAUCUUUUUUUGUUAGCGUUCUCUUAUAGGUGUAUGCUAGUUUAGCAAAGUGCUUCUCAGAUGCCUGUAAUUCUGUUUACUGUGAUUGAAAUUCAGUAGUAGGUCAUCAACAUUUUAAUGUGAGCAUUUUGCAAGGUCCACAAUCUGGAAGACUACAUCAAGCAUUGAUGGAUUAAUGGUAAACUGAAGGGUUAGGUGUUUCCAUGCACACAUUUCAAAGUGCUUUUUUUCUUCCUGUUUUUGUUACUUGGGAGCCGAAGGGUCAUGGAUAUUUUUGUGUAACUUCAUCAUGCAGGUUUUGACAUUUGUAUGAAUAAAACUCUGAAUAAACCCUCCAAUGUAUUUGAAAGUGACACACCAUGACCACAUAAGUGUUUUUUUUAAUUGAGCUACCACCACUCACCUUUGCUUUCUUUCACCUGUGCUUUUUUUGUUUGUUGCAAUUUUCUCAGCAAUCUAUGGCCAGCAUUGCUUGCAGAGAUGUUUUGAGAACAUCUGUCCUUUUUAAUAGCUUUAGCUCAUUUAUUCUCUAACUUCCUUUCCCUUCACUCUGUACUUGUUUUCUUAUCCCCAGCUACACCUCACUACUCCCUUACCCUAAUGCUGUGUUUUGUGGGAUUGUGAUUGCAUCAUUUCCAUUAAUGGUUCGAGGAAAUUGCUUUCAAUAUUAUAAAACAUAAAAUGAAGUUCCUUUUGUGCAGUACACACUCACCCUUAUUGUACCAAUUUUAUUUUUAGCAAUGUAGAUUCUUAGCUGUAUUUUACAUUUAGCUGGCAAAAGUAAUAAAGAAUGUCCUUUGGUGGAGGCAUAUGGUGUGUGAUACUUUUAAAUUUUCACAAUGGUUUAGCUUCAUCUUGUGAAGAAACCCAUUUUUCAGCACUGUACAGAUUAAUGGGAAUAGCAUAGAAUCAUACAUGCAUGCCAUCUCAUUUUGAUUCCAGCUUAUUCUUGCAGCUGUUACUACUUUGAGAUUAAUUGCUUGUCAGCAGUAUUUUUUUAUAAUACUUUGAGAGAAUAGGUCUCUUCCUUUUUUUUUGAAAGUUAUUUCCAGCCCCCAUCAUGAAACUAUCCUCCAGCUGAAAGGCUGCAACAGACCAGGUCUUCCUCUGAUUUCUGUGGUGUAUUAUUUUUACUUGUGUAUUAUCAGUAAAUGGUCAGAAUAGACUAAUGUCCACAUCUUGGAAGUUUUGGUUCUAAUGCCACAAAGUGCUCUGCCACUAAGGAAAUCCCAUGCCAUGCAUGGCUAUCAGUGUGCAAAAAUGAAGUGUACAGAAUUUCAAAUAGAUUUCAAAUGUCAGGCUGAAAUAAUAGCUCUGACCUUUGGAGCUAAUGAACAAUCUGUAACCUCCAGUAUAAUUCCAUCCUGAUAAAUGUCUAAAUUACCAAGAUGUUUAAAAAAAAAUGCAUUUGUUUGGGACAUGGAAUAGUAACUACACGAAGUAUUUAAUUCGCUGUAAAGCGUUUUAGGAUAUACUGAGGCGAGAGGAACAAGACAAAUGCAAAUUCUUUUUCAAGUUCAGUGGGAAAUUGUGCAUUACGGUAUCUGUACAUGGGUAUGAAUCCUGUUUGUAUUAUGCGCACAUUGUUUAUAAAAACUCGAUUAAUUAAAUUAAAAUAAAAUAUUGUACUGCUACAAA